AUGCCCAACCUGAAGGGCUCUAAUGAGUUCCAAAGACGUCUGUACUACUAUGUGGUGAUGUCAAUUAUUCUAUACGGUGCUCCGAAUUGGAGCGAAGAUUCAGCGGCUGCGAGACGUCGACAGCUUCCCUUGAGACGGGCCCAGAGAGUUACGGCGUUGAGAGUGGUGUCUGCAUACCGUACAGUGUCGUUGGACGCCGCAACCAUGAUAGCAAAAAUACCACCAUAUUUUUUCGUAGCUGAAUGCCGUAAAAUAGUGUACACUAGAAUUAAGGAGCUGAGAGGAGGAGAUGAUUGGACGAUCGACGCGGAGAGAGAUAUCAAGACUGAGGAGGAAGCGAGUAUGCGUCGGUGA